AUGAAAUCUGUGCGACCGGCGACAGCGACGUCUUCUUCUCACGAUGGCCAAAAGGAAAGCCCCCAACCUAGCAUUGAAAACCCGGCCGUCUUAAAGAGAGAAACUAGAGCACGCCGUGUUGCUAUUGGGAUAUCAUGCUUCUGCUAUAUAAUGGCCGUCAUCUUCUUAAUUCUGGUUGAGAUAGGAAAUACGAGAAAUUCCCCGGUCCUACGUGACAUCUACUUCUUCAAACUUGAUCUUUCCGACAUUCUUCCCCAAUCAGCACCGACAAGUUUGACUUUGCAAAACUCGAUCGCGCGGACUCUAGGUCUGCACGAUUUCUAUCAGGUUGGCCUCUGGAAUUUUUGCGAAGGAUAUAAUACCGAUGGAAUCACAUAUUGUUCAACUCCGACCACUCUCUAUUGGUUCAACCCAGUAGAGAUCCUACUUGGCGAGUUAUUUGCUGGAGCUUCCAUCGCGUUACCAGCCGAAGUGAACGAAAUCUUGAAUAUCUUACGCAUCGCCUCAAAUAUCAUGUUCGGGUUUUUCCUUACGGGGUUGCUUCUGAACUUUGCUUUGAUGUGCCUGGCCCCAGUUGUCGUGUUCUCGAGAUGGUGGAGCGGUCCUUUGGGUUUCCUCGCCUUACUUUCUACACUGCUGGUCCUGAUCGCUAGCGCCCUUGGCACAGCUAUGUCCCUUAUUUUUAAAUACGCCUUAACAUCACAGACCGACCUAAACGUCAAUGCUGAUGUUGGAUUAAAGAUGCUUGCAUUUAUGUGGAUAGCGACUGGAUUUACAUUGAUUUCCUUUAUUAUCCAUGCUGGCCUAUGCUGCUGCUGUACAUCGCGCCGGGACAUCCGGACCGGACGAAGGACCGCAAGGCAUGCCAACGAGGUCACCUCGAACGAGAAGAAAGGUAGAACGGCGACUGCUUCGGAUUAA